AUGCCGCCAGUGCUCAACGGCCCGCUCUCCUUACCCUCGCUCCUCCUGCUUCCUCCUCCUCCAUCACCAGCCACUGCCGCCUUACUCUCUGCGGCAUAUCGACCGUCUAUCUCCGCAACAGUUUCUUCCUUGAGAGAGCUACCGACAGCCAGCCAGCUUCUCGUCGUCUUGCCGUGCCCGAGUCUUCAUGGCCAACUGAAUCGUCCCAGAUGCCAGAUCUAUGAAGAAGUCCAGAAACUUCUCGGCGGCGUCUACAGCCUGAUCUGUAUCGUCUGUGCCAAACUAGGUAUCGAUGUAGAGGCAGGAACCCCUGGCUCUAUAGACGCCCGCAUCGUCUUGUUAGACUACAGCAGUUCCUCAACGCCAUCCAGAGAGCAUGUUACACCCUCGACUGCCUUGAUGGCCGGACCCAUCACCGACCUUCCAACACUCGCUACUACACGACGUCAAUGGAACAGAGUGUUCUCAGUCGAGGGCGAAGAAGGCCAAGAGGUUCUGGCAAACUACUUGAACUUUGCAAAGAGAAUCAAUCCCCCUUUUCUCGGCCACGUGGAGCUCAUCAGCGGCGGUAUCAGCAUGAUUCAGAAGCACGAGACGUAUGCGCAAGUUGAAGCCGAGUCUUCUGCAUCUCACAAGGUUGUUGCUGUCGGCGGCACAUUUGAUCACCUCCACGCAGGUCACAAGUUGCUCCUCACAGCUACGGCCCUCCUCCUUCAGCCAGACGUCACUGCGACCCCAGUCAACAAACGGUUGAUUGUUGGAAUCACGGGAGACCAACUGCUGAAGAACAAGAAAUAUGCAGAGUAUCUGGGAAGCUGGCACACACGCCAGGAGGAGGUCGUCGACUUUCUGCUCUCGGUCCUCUCUUUCACUCGCUCUAGCCGAGAAGAGGCGACCCAGGUGACGACGUUCAACGAUCCAUUUCCGAACGGCCGUGCAAUUCAUACGCACAUCAGGGCAUGCUCCACAACCAUCGAGUGUGUUGAAAUACAAGAUCCGUUCGGCCCAACCAUUACAGAUGAGAGUGUGACGGCCCUCGUUGUUUCUGGAGAGACACGGUCGGGGGGGCAAGCAGUUAACGAGAAGAGGUUGGAGAAAGGUUGGAAAGCCCUGGAGGUCUUCGAGGUUGAUGUUCUGGAUGCAGAGGGUACUGAGGGAGCUUCAGGCAAGACCGAAGACUUUGCUUCGAAGAUUAGCAGCACAGCGAUACGAAAACGCAGGGCUGAGAUUGCGCGCACUUCAUCGCUUUAG